AUGGCUUGGCCGUGCAUCAGCAGAGUGUGCUGCCUGGCUCGCUUCUGGAACCAGUUCGACAAAUCGGACCUCUCCGUCCCGCUCACCAUCCAGAACUACUCGGACAUCGCCGAGCAGGAGGUGCGGUCCGUCACCAAACAGGUCUCCGUCUCGGAGCGCGCACACGGGGAUAACUACUCAACCCCGGACCCGCGUGGCGCCGGCUCCCCUCAGGCGCCCGCAGAUGGCCCGGGGACCCGAGGAUCAUUUAGGGCAAGGAAGGAGCCCAGCUACAAGCCCCGGGAGGACUACCACCCGCCCGGAGUGCCUUUCCCAAGCGUCACCCAAUACAAGCAGGAUUUCAAACCCUGGCCCAUUCCCAGGAAGGAGAAUUUCCCUUGGAUUAGUAACGGGGGGAGCAGGGUGGACAGUGUUUCGGACAGCCCGGUGAACAGUUGCCACAGCCAGGCACAGCCGGGGGAGAGAGAGGAGCGGGGCAGGGGGCAGAGGUGGGGGGAUCAGCAGGUGAAGGAGGAGAGCAAAACCAGCUCCUACAGGCAAGAGUACAGGCCGUGGACAGGGGUGAAACCUGCCAAAAGUGCAAGGAAAAAUCCUCCAGCUCAGUACUCCAGCCCAGGGACAGAGGCCACCCACGUACCCCGUGAGACCAGCUACCAGGCUGCCUACAGUGGGGACGUUCACAGGUCCACAGGGCUGCAUCACGGGGAGCACACCAUCCCAUCUGCUGCCUCCAACAUACAACCCGCUGCUGUUCCCCAACCCUUUCCCUCUGCCAUGCAGGCCGGCAGUUCACCCAGCCCCUCAAGCCUCCAGCAGAGCAUCCCACCUGAGAGGAACGAGCUCAGUGGAGUGACCAAGGGAGAGGAACAUCUGGUGAGGACCAAGCUCCCUCCGAACCCGUCUGCUGUCUUUCAAAGCGGAUCGAGGGUCUUCAACAUCUGAGGGCUGCUCCGAAUUUCCAACCAUUCCACUUUGGUCGGUUUCAGUUUUAAGGAGUCAACAGGGGAAUGUUUUCAGUCCAUUCCACAACACAAGAAUCUAUGCAAGGGAAUGUAUUGUUGUGAAGCCCGUGGAGCUGCAGCGUCAGUAUCCCAAGUGGAGAUAGAUAAAUAGAUAGAUAGAUGCCCCUCCCCUCUCCAAUUUUACACUCCUCCCUGCCCCCCGUUGCUAUGGAAACAAAUAUGCAUGAAACAAAAUAGUUUUGAAACAAGCUUUUUUUUUUUCUGUUUUUGCGGUUAUAGAUGCACAAGAAACUGGCUGCUGUGUGUGUUUGUAUGUGUGAGUUUGUGAGUCUGUGUGUGUGCACCUGCUGAUUUUGUCCUUUUCUUGUACAUAAUGUUGAGUCGGCUCCAAUAAUGAAUGACAAGAUGUUUGCUUCGAGUACCCUGUUGCCCUUUGGUGUUGCUAGAAAUCUGCUUGAAAAUAAGUUAUUUCCUCAGUAUUCAAUUAGUUUACU